AUGGAUGUGAUUAAAAGGAUGUCUUAUGCUCUCUUAUUAUCGCCAUGGUUUCAUCCGCAACCUGAGGGAGCAGGGAACAGAGAUGGGCUUGGUGGCAUCCUUGUGGAGCUUGUUGGAUCGAAGCUUUCACCAAUUGGAGUUGUGACCACAAGAGAUCAAAUCUGCCAGGCAACAUCUACAAGGAUCAAUGAAGGACGAGCAGUGUCAGGAUCAAUGCCAAUUCCCAACAAAUCCACUUGUAUCCGCCCGGACCUCAUGUUGAUCAUGCAUAGCAUCGAGUUUGAUGUUUCUGAAUGCGGCAAGGAUGACCAGAAUUCGCUUGGCAAGAAGGAGAUUAUGGAGACCAAACUUCUUUGCCCAAAAACCAUGAAGGACAUGUUUCAAGACACCUGCAGUGAUAGCCUCAAGACGUUGGUACCAACGCACGGUUGUUAUAUCAUCAAAUCAUCGUUUUUUAUUGAUCGUGUCGUUCCCAUUCUCAACUAUUUUGCUGACAAUGUUGGUAUUGUCUGUUUCGAAUGGGGCGAGAAGAAGAUCCUGAGUCGCCAGGCUGUCACUUUGUCAAUAAUGCAAUGUGAAGGAGAGACCCCCAAUUACGCUGACGGAAUUGGGAAUGCCACACGGGCCGGGAUCUUGGAUGAUGAACGAAUACUGGUCGAAUGCUCAUCAGGUGGCCUUGAGGAGAAUCUGCAGCAUACGUACGGCGAUAGUUUGAAAAUAUUGGAGUUGAGAACGACGAAGCGCUGUCAUCCUUCACAGUUCAGUGAAAUUGCCGAGUGGAUGUCAGUCUUCCAACUCCUGGCACACUGGAUGGACCUCGUUCUGCACCAAGAGGAAGUGGGUGGUCUUUUGUGUUUGCAACAUACUGGGAUUGAAUCCGUCGAAGAUGGCACGAUUUCAGAAGCAUUCAAAAAUUGUCAAUUGGAGUUUGAGAUCGCCGACGAUGUCUAG